UAAAACAAAAAACCCACCCCUAAGAGAAACCUAGUUUUAACUUUCCGACUAAAAACAGUUGGUUUUCUGCUACGGAUUCCUUUGCUCUGUGCGCCUAUUGUCUUUCUUGCUACCUUAUACUUCUCAGUUGGUCGAGGGAAUGCUGAGCCUAAGCAACACUGUCCCAACAGUUUCUUACCCUCAGAGAAGCAGUUUUGCCUCUCCAAUUUUAGCUGUCAAUCCUCAAAAAAGUAUCAGCUUCCUUAAAAACCACACCUUUGUGUUUUCAUCAUCUUUAAUGAGACAACAAUCUGAACAAACCCCAACUACGCUAUCUUGCAAAGCUUCUUUGGAAGUUGUAAAGGACUCACCCAGUGGUUCAGCAGUCCAUGGAAUAUCGGAAAUGGUUGUGGGUGUUUUGGGAGGAGGGCAGCUGGGUCGUAUGCUGUGUGAAGCGGCAUCCCAGAUGGCGAUCAAAGUGAUUGUCUUAGAUCCACUGGAGAAUUGUCCUGCUAGUGCACUAGCACAUCAACAUGUCGUGGGAAGCUAUGAUGACAGUGCCACAGUUGAAGAAUUUGGGAAAAGGUGUGGAGUACUAACCGUUGAGAUCGAGCAUGUUGAUGUUGCCACACUUGAGAAGCUUGAGCAACAAGGUGUGGAUUGCCAACCCAAGGCCUCUACUAUUCGUAUAAUCCAGGAUAAAUAUCUUCAGAAGGUCCACUUUUCUCGUCAUGCUAUCCCACUUCCUAAGUUUAUGCAGAUUGAUGAUCUUGAAAGUGCUAGAAGAGCAGGGGACCUGUUUGGUUAUCCUCUUAUGAUAAAGAGCAGGAGGUUGGCAUAUGAUGGGCGUGGCAACGCUGUCGCUAAAAGCGAGGAGGAGCUCUCCUCUGCUGUUAACGCACUUGGAGGAUAUGGUCGUGGUUUAUAUGUUGAGAAAUGGGCGCCAUUUGUGAAGGAGCUCUCUGUGAUUGUGGCGAGGGGAAGGGAUGGUUCAAUUGCAUGUUACCCUGCUGUAGAAACUAUUCACAGGGAUAACAUUUGUCAUAUCGUAAAGUCACCUGCUAAUGUAUCUUGGAAGAGUAUGAAACUUGCAACGGACGUUGCGCACAGAGCUGUUAGUUCAUUAGAAGGUGCAGGAGUCUUUGCUGUUGAAUUGUUUUUGACAGAAGAUGGUCAGAUUUUACUAAAUGAAGUAGCUCCCAGACCUCAUAAUAGUGGGCAUCACACCAUUGAGGCUUGCUUCACUUCACAAUUCGAGCAGCAUUUGCGGGCUGUGGUUGGCCUUCCACUUGGUGAUCCAUCAAUGAAAACUCCUGCUGCAGUCAUGUAUAACAUAUUGGGGGAAGACGAUGGCGAACCUGGAUUUCUUUUAGCUAAUCAACUUAUUGGAAGAGCAUUGGGAAUUCCGGGGGCAUCUGUUCAUUGGUAUGACAAGCCAGAGAUGCGAAGGCAACGCAAGAUGGGACACAUCACAAUAGUUGGCCCUUCUACGGGCAUUGUGGAAGCUCAGUUAAGGGUGAUUCUAAAUGAAGGAAGUGUUAAUGGCCAGCCUGCAGUUGCACCACGUGUUGGGAUCAUAAUGGGAUCUGAUUCAGAUCUUCCUGUUAUGAAGGAUGCUGCCAAGAUUUUAAAAGAGUUUGAUGUGCCUGCUGAAGUAAAAAUAGUUUCAGCCCACCGUACACCUGAGAUGAUGUUUUCUUAUGCUUUGUCUGCACGGGAACGUGGCAUCCAAGUAAUAAUUGCUGGUGCUGGUGGUGCUGCCCACUUACCUGGAAUGGUUGCUGCAUUGACUCCACUACCUGUUAUUGGCGUUCCAGUACGCGCUUCCACAUUAGAUGGACUUGACUCCCUAUUGUCCAUUGUUCAGAUGCCAAGAGGGGUCCCAGUUGCAACAGUUGCAAUUAACAACGCCACAAAUGCUGGUCUACUGGCAGUAAGAUUGUUAGGGAUCAGCGACAUAAAGUUGCAAGCUAGGAUGGCCCAGUACCAAGAGGACAGAAGAGAUGAAGUUUUGGUCAAGGGGGAGAGACUAGAGAAGGUUGGCUUUGAAGAAUAUCUGAACUCUUAAACUAUUUCAGCACUAGCUGUUUCUAACAUGCACCAAAGUGUACUAGCAUGGUGUUGACCUGCUUUGCACAAUAGUCAAUAUUAAAGAGCAUAAGCACAAGCACGGGCACUAGACAGCAGUAAGUUACAUUGAUGCUGGUCGGGAGCAAAUGCAUAUUGAGACCGAUGAAGGUAAAUCCAUCAUGCAAGAUCACGGCGAACAGCAUUCUGCUUGUAAUCUUGUGAAAGAUGUGUUGCUCUUUCUUCUCCUCAUUUUUUUUUAAAAUCUGGAUUUCAGUGGUCUCAAUAGUGUAAUUGAUCAAAAUUAAACUACUGGUCUGUUCUGCAGACCACUUUCAUAUCUGCUUUGAGAUUUAAAAGGAUGAGAAUUACCAAUUUUGAUGUAUGAGAUUAAGAAGGAAUAUUGAAGUUUUGCUGCUUUCUUA